GUCCACCCUCAGUGCGCAUGUCCAAAACUUAUUUACGGAAAGAAAAAGACAUCCUUAACACGCUAAUUUUAUUCUAUUUAUUUCUUUGUUAUAAUUGUAAUCAUUUGAUAAAACGAAAUAUGCUCCGGAUGAGGAUUAUUAGACAGCAUUGCUUUUCAUAGAUUUUCGGAAAUUGAUAGCUUAAUUGUGUUUAUACCAAAAUGGCGGAUGAUGCACAAGAUGAUCAAAACCCAGAGCAUUGCGAUAGUUUUGAACCGAUCGACCGAUUAUCAUCUACAACGAUGAAGAGACGUCCUCAAAUGGAAUUGAAUAAAACUGAUUUAUUGCGUCUGCUGAGCUAUCUGGAAGGUGAAUUACAAGGAAGGGAUAUAACAAUUGCAGCAUUAAAGGCGGAAAAAACUCGCAAUUUAGUUCAUCAAGCAAAGUAUGGACGUUUCGGAUUGGAAGAUCCUUUGCUUGCCUUACAAAGAGAUCAUACUGCUCAAAAAGACGCUAGUCCUGCUAAUGAGGAGCGAGCAGCUGUCGAUGGAAUGUAUCAAAGUCAAAUGAAGCAGUUGGAUAAUUUAAUUGAAACACAGAAAAAAGCUCAGUUCAAAAUGAGAGAGCAAUUGAAAUCAGUUGAAAAGCGAUAUCAUAAGGUAUGUGCCGAGUUGGAAGAUGAAAAGCGAAAGCAUGCACAAGACACCGCCCAGGGUGAUGAUGUUACAUACUUGUUAGAAAAAGAACGGGAACGUUUAAAAAAUGAGCUUGAAUUUGAAAAAUCCAAAUCUCAUCGUUUGGAAAAAGAGGUUCGAAAGUUAAACACUAUGUUAUCAGAAACCAACACGAAAGCGGAAAAGAACAAGCAUGUUGCUUUACUCUUACUAAAAGAACGGAAGCAGUUGAUGGAAGCCGUAGCUCGAUUAGCAGAAGAUAACUAUUUAGUUGGCGGCUCUGAAUCAACAUCUUUAAGUUCUUCAUGGCACGAGGAACGACUGCAAUUACGUGCUCGAAUCGAAAGAGAGGAAAAUCGUUCGAAAAAUUUACAAAGCGAAAUUGAACAAUUGAAAAGUGUACUUGUCAACAGCCAAACAUCAACCUCAAAUGUAAUCUCAUCAAAACUGCCUAUCAAGGUCAGUUCUAACAGGCCUACACCUCCACAAACGCCUCCAGCAGAGCGGAGAAGACUUUCUCCUCAAGAUAGUAUCAAUUCGUCAAACCGUUCUCCAAUUAGUUCGAAACCAACUGCAGAUUUUGCACAAAAUCGUGCCAAUACUACAAUGCAAAAUAUUGCACCACGACCUCAAGCUUUUGCUUCGGCUAUAUCGAGCAAUCAAGCAAGUCUAUCUCCAGUUAAUAAAGGAAAAAAACCAGUUCCACCGGUGAGAACAAGUACGUUAUCAACUCAGCCACCUCCAGUUCCGCCAAAUAAACCAGUGGGAAGAAAUGCACCCAUAAGGACUUUUCAGUCUCCUUCUGAUCGAUAUCAAACUGCAGAAAAUUCAAAGAGAGAGACAAAAAACGGGCCGCAGGCGAAUGAAAGAGAAAGCGGCAUGCAAUCAGAUCUGUCAUUUUUGGAUCAAAAUAUUCAAGACUUUCAAAAAACAUACGGUUCUUUACAAGACAUAAAUAUUUCGGAAGAUGCUGCAGCUCUGAAAUCUGCGCUCAUCAACGGAUCACUUGGAGACCUCCAUAUGAUUUUGAAUAACUCUGAUAUCGAUGUUAGUGAAUCAUUUCUUGAUUGUAACCUAGGUCCAUUGCAUUUUGCCUCCAUAUAUGGUCAUACAGAAUGUCUAAGAGUACUGCUAGAAAGAAGUCCUGAAAGUAUCGAUGUGCUUACCAAUGAUGAAAACUCAGCCUUACAUUUUUCUGCCUCCAGAAACCAUCCCAAAGCCUGCAAAUUGCUUUUAGAAAAAUCUAUUGACUUAAUAUUCUGCCAAAAUAAGGCAUCUAUAGAAAGUAACUCAUUUGAGGCUUUUGAAAAUAUAAUUUUAUGUAUUUCCUCAAGUAUUCGAGGUUCUCACGCAUUAUUUAUUAAGGAUGAGCAUUCAGCUUCCGUGGCAGAAAUUGCUGCUCGUAGUAACGAAACUAAAUGGUUAACAAAGAUAUUAGAAAACAUGUAUUUAGAUUUAUAUAAGAUUCGUGAAGAUCAGUCCUUGUAUUCGAUUGCUAGCGAGAACAAUAAGCAGUAUGUGUUAAACUUUAAUAAAUUAUUUCGGACUGUACUCGUUCAAGUUUCAUAUUGCCAAACUAAAGAUGACAUCUGUAAGAUAUAUCUUGGAGAUUUGUUAAUAUUGUCUCAAUUAUUCAGAAAGGCAGAAGAUAUUUGGUUACGGUAUAUAAAUCAUAUAGAAACUGUGGAAAAUUCGUUGGACUUGACAGCUCAUGCUAUCAAAUAUUGUUCAAUAGGCUCUACCAAAUUUUCAAAAAGCACUUCAUCUGAAGUUAGAGUUCGACUUUCUGAUAUAUUAGGUACAAAUGAGGUACCAAUACUCACAGUUCAACUUGAAGAAGGAAGUAGUUUUACCUUGUCAUAUGCCACUUUGAUGCCUAUACGAGUUGUUGAUGAAUGGCUUUCCAAGCUCGAGAAAAAGAAGCACUUGAUAUUAAUAUCUUCGAAAAACUCUGGUAAAAAGUUUUGUUGUCAGAAAAUUGCCCUUGUUUUCCAAGCUAGAUUGCAUAGAACCUCAGCUGUCCAAAUACAUUUUAUAUCAGAUACUAAUAAUAAUGAGAAUGAAAUAUAUUUGCAACUAAUUUCUACAGGAGCAUUAAUUGAACGUAAUUCCAAGCGAUUGAACGAGAGAAGCCAUCGGAUUAUUGUAUUUAGUGCUGAUAAUUCGGCUUGUGCUAACGUGUUCUCUGCCAUUAGUCACUUCCUAUACAAAAGAGGAUCAGAAAACUGUGUUCGACUGAAAUUAACUGAGCAAGAGGCAGCUGAGUAUUUUAUGCCUCCAACUUGCUAUUUUAUAAUAUCAUUUGAUAUAUUUCGAUACAAGAAUAUCUUUCCUUCUAUCAAACAUAAUCUACAAACUUUUUUUCUACAACCGAGUGAAGAACCACUUUUCUCCAUUGUUAGUAGGUUUUGGAACAAAAAGUUACUUAAGACGUUCAAUAUGAAAACUUGGAUUUGUGCUUCUUGGAUAAUUAGUGUAUAUCAAAACUUGAAUAAUGCUACAAAGAGACUUGGGUUAGAAAAUGUACAGUUUGGCCCAACAAAAUUCUUUUUAGCAGAUAUCGAGCCAGGAGCGAUAUGGUCUACAUCAGAAUGGCUUGUCUCUACGUGGAAUAAAACUUUUGUUCCCUAUAUUAGCAGAAAUGUAGAUAAGAAUAUGAUUGAAACGGCCCUUAAUGUCUUAAUUCAACGUGCUUUACUCCCCCAAUGUCCGUUAGAAAGUGAAGAAAAAGAAUUGUUUAUACGCAAACUUGAAGGUAACAAAGCAAAAGAGAAGCGAGAACGAAGAUCAAAUGAACGUCGCAUUUCUACUCCAGUCAAUCGUCAUACUCCAGUCUCAAAAAUUGCUCGACCGUAUUCGGCCGGUGAUAGAAAACUGGUAAGUCCUUUCAGACCAGUACAGUAUCCAUCAGAAAAUUUUUAA